CACUAAACCUCACUGUGCUCGCUCCCGCUCUCCCCGGCCGUAAUCACCACCCAUCGCCACCCUUCCGACCACUUCGAGCGUACCUGCUGUUGUUCGCUAUGUCUGUUGAUCUUAAAACUAAGAAGGACGCGCUUGUCGCGGCUCUCACCCAGCUCUCCAACGCGGCCCAGGACGCCUCCCGCGCGUGUAUCGACUUUUACCAGGCCGCAAACAUCCCCGGCGAGCCCCCCGUCUUUGCCCUUCCCGCCAGCACCGCUGCUGUCCUGCCCGCUCUUGCAGCGCCCCCUGCUCCCGCGACCUCUGCCACCAAGAAGCGCACCAAGAAAGCAGCUGACGAAGACGCGGUUGCCGCUGAGGACGAGGCCGAGGACGAGGAUGCCGAGGACGCCGACGACGGCAAGCUCGAGCGCCGCAAGCGUCGCAAGAAAGAUCCAAACGCGCCCCGUCGUCCCCAGACCGUCUACUUUGCGUUCGCCAACGAGGCCCGCAAGAUGAUCCGUGACGAGUUUGCCACCAAGGGAAUCAACGCCAGCAACACCGACGUCAUCCGCGAGGUCGCCGAGCGCUGGAAGAACAUGACCGAGGAGCAGAAAGAGCCCUGGAAAACCAUAUACGCGGACCAGAUCAAGAAAUAUGAUGCUCUCAAGGCUCAGUACAACGCUGACAAGGAGCACGCUAUCGCCAACGGCCUCCCGUUGCCCAAGUCUGCCGACAUUCCCGCGCCGAAGCCCAAGGCCACUCCAAAGUCCAAGGCUGCUGCUGCUGCUUCCCCUGCCGUCGCGCCCGCUGCCGCUGCCCCGCCUACUCCCGUGGGCGCAGCGCCAGCCGAGGAACCCGCUCCUCCGGCUUCGUCUCCUUCCAAGAAGAAGAAGAAAAGCAAGAAAGACUCUGAAGCCGCUGUCUCUUCCUCUCAGCCGGCUGCCGUCUCCCCCGUGCUCUCGACCCAGGACUUACCUCCCAGCCAGGCCUCGCAGUCGACUCCCAAGGAGAAGCGGAAGCGCGUCAAAUCUAAGCGUGCCAGUGAAGUUCAGCCUGCCGAUGCGUAAAAUUGUGACUCUUCUCUUUAUAUAUUAUCAUAUAUACCGUGUACAGUAGGAAAUCUUGUGAUAUUACCUAGGCGCAUGGCUUAUAUUUGUAAACUUAUGUACACUAAGAAGUCCAGCUACUUCUAAUUGUUUCUCUAUUUCUUUUCUACUUCUAAUUUCUUGUUAGUUCUCUUUCGGGUGAUAAUAUUUUUGUCGUUUCUUGUGACUUAUUCUUGAUUACAUAUGCCGAGCUUGAAUCUCCUAUGGAUCACUUUAAUUAUAAUCAAUUGGUGAAAUUUAU